CGAACGUCAGACGUUCACCGGUCGCUGAAGCAGCAAGUUCUCUCUUGUUCCCUCUCCGAGUCAUCACCACCCGCAGUCAAAAUGGUUCACUGGCUCCCUCUCGAAUCCAACCCUGAGGUUAUGAACAAGUUUCUGGUUGGUUUGGGGGUUCCUGAUUCUUGGUCAAUUCAUGAUGUUCUUGGCCUGGAAGAAGACCUCCUUGCUAUGGUACCUCAGCCUGUGGCUUCAGUGAUCUUCUUACACCCCAUAAAUGAUAAAGCUGAGAGCCACAAAGCUGAACAACAAUCCAGCAUUGAAUCUUCUGGACAGGACGUCUCUGAAAAUGUGUACUUCAUGAAGCAAUUUGUGGGCAAUGCCUGUGGAACUGUAGCUCUUCUCCAUGCUGUUGCUAAUAAUCUUAACAAAAUAGAAUUGGAAGAUGGCCCUCUCAAGGAGUUUUUAGAGAAGACCAAAUCCAUGUCUGAAGAGGAAAGAGGACGUGAACUGGAGAAAGAUGAGGGAAUCUCUAAAGCCCAUGAAGAAUCUGCACAAGAGGGACAAACUGAGGCACCAGAUAGGGAGACCAAAAUGGAUAUGCACUUCAUUGCCUUUGUUGAAGUGGAUGGCCAUCUGUAUGAGUUAGAUGGUCGUAAGAAGUUUCCAGUGAAUCAUGGCGAUACUACUUCAGAUACACUUUUGGCUGAUUCUGCCAAAAUAUGCCAGGAAUUCAUCAGCCGAGACCCCGAGGAGUCUCGCUUUGCAGUUGUGGCUCUCACUGGGGCUCAGUAAGAUGCACUGUAAUGGUGGUCUUGUGUUGCGCCUCAUCAUUUCUUGUGUGAUAACUUCAGUAAUUUAUAAGCAAUGGGAUAUUUUUAUUUUUGUUAGGUUUGCUAUGAUUUUGAGUUUUAUGUAAGUUUUGAGGCUACAGUUUUCAAAGGGUGGAAGAUGAAAGAGCAGAAAUGCUAGUCAGAUAACUUAACUAUUUUACUGUGAUAAGAACUGAAUUUGACCAUUAGCUUAGUGUCUUCAAAGCAGGAAUAUCAAGAUUGGUUUCCCAUACAUAUCCUGUUAAUCAUAAAGUUUAAAAUGUAGCCUUGUUAAUGUACGAAAUCACACACACACAGUGCUGUCCCGUUCUCUUUUGUUCUACUAGAGCAGCUGAAGAAUUUGAUUAAAAGAUUCAACAUUGAAGUCUCA